GGUCUCAUUCUGUUGCCCAGGCUACAGUGCAGUGGUGUGAUCAUGGCUCACUACAGCCUCAACCUCCUGAGCUCAAGUGAUGCUCCCGCCUUGGCCUCCUGAGUAGCUGGGACCACAGGCAUGCCACCAUGCCUGGCUAAUUUUUGUACUUUUUGUAGAGAUGGAGAUCUCCCUAUGUUGCCCGGGCUGCUGUCUCACUCCUGGGCUCAAGUGAUCUGCUUGCCUCGGCCUCCCAAAGUACUGGGAUUACAGGUGUGAGCCACUGCGCCUGACCGUGAAACGCUGUUGACAAGACUCAUAGGUGAUGUUAUCCACUUCACAUUUCAUCACAUCAGGAGGCACAGAGUGGCUGGUGGUUCUGUUCCUAGCAGAUCACCAUUGAUUGCACAGGAAUGUUUUAAAGGAAGUUGGGCUACUCACAAGUUACUACAUAAGAAAGCAAAGAGAAGGUGUUAUGUAAUGUCUUAAACUGGCUCCACCAAACUUUGUGACCAUGGGCUACUCUAAGUCUCACCUCCAAGAUGCUGGAAUCAUAGGUUUGUGUGAGGAUUAAAUAAAGAAAUCCAUGAGAAGUGCUUAGCAUGUGUACCAUGCAUAAAGAUGAAAAGGCGAAGCGAGAAGUGUCUUCCUGGACUGUGGAAGGUGAUAUUAAUACUGACCCAUGGGCAGGUUAUCGAUAUACUGGUAAACUCAGACCACAUUAUCCACUGAUGCCAACAAGGCCAGUGCCAAGUUAUAUUCAAAGACCAGAUUAUGCUGAUCAUCCCUUAGGAAUGUCUGAAUCUGAACAGGCUCUUAAAGGUACUUCUCAGAUUAAAUUACUCUCAUCUGAAGAUAUAGAAGGGAUGCGACUUGUAUGUAGGCUUGCUAGAGAAGUUUUGGAUAUUGCUGCUGGCAUGAUUAAACCAGGUGUAACUACUGAAGAAAUAGAUCACGCUGUACACUUAGCAUGUAUUGCAAGAAAUUGCUACCCUUCUCCCCUGAAUUAUUAUAAUUUCCCAAAGUCUUGUUGUACCUCAGUGAAUGAAGUCAUUUGCCAUGGAAUACCAGACAGAAGGCCCUUGCAAGAAGGUGACAUUGUUAAUGUGGAUAUCACUCUUUAUCGCAAUGGUUAUCAUGGGGACCUGAAUGAGACAUUUUUUGUUGGAGAAGUGGAUGAUGGAGCACGGAAACUUGUUCAGACCACAUAUGAGUGCCUGAUGCAAGCCAUUGAUGCAGUGAAGCCUGGUGUUCGGUACAGAGAAUUGGGAAACAUUAUCCAGAAGCAUGCCCAAGCAAAUGGGUUUUCAGUUGUUCGAAGCUAUUGUGGGCAUGGAAUCCACAAGCUUUUUCAUACAGCUCCCAAUGUACCCCACUAUGCUAAAAAUAAAGCAGUUGGAGUGAUGAAGUCGGGCCAUGUAUUUACAAUUGAGCCAAUGAUUUGUGAAGGCGGAUGGCAGGAUGAAACCUGGCCAGAUGGUUGGACUGCGGUGACAAGAGACGGAAAGCGGUCUGCUCAGUUUGAGCACACCCUCCUGGUCACAGACACUGGCUGCGAAAUCCUAACCCGGCGACUUGACAGUGCACGGCCUCACUUCAUGUCUCAAUUUUAAUUUCUCCCAAGAUGGCACAUCUCAGUGAUACCUUCUUACUGUACUAUGCAUUUUAUUGAGAGUACAGAAAGGAAGAGGAGCCUUUUUUUAAUCACUUGUUUUGUUUUGACUAUAGAUAAGAAAGGACUACAGCAUUUGAUGUGUGUCCUCAAGAACUUGUCUUGGGUCUGAAAAAGCUGAGAAGAAUAAAGGAAACAUUGCUCAACUCUUCAGCCCCCUCCCCCUGCACACCUGUUUUCUCAUUUGCCCUUUGAGCACUUUUACUUAAACUUGCUUCUAGUUGCUUUUAUCACUGCCACAAAACAGCCAUCAAGAGCCAGCUGCUUUCCAGGUGAACAUUGGAAAUGAGAAUCUUUGAAACUUAGCAAUAUAUGUUGCACCAGAUUUUUUAAAUUAUAUAUAUGGAAAUAUAUAUGUAUACAUUUUAAAUUCUGUAUACAUAAUUACCAAACACUAUGUGACCUGGAGUUUGUGUUGUUUCUGCUCUGACAGGUUUAUAUGUUCUUACAAAUGGAUCCAUAGUUUGCAGUGAUUUAAUUCCUGGUUGGGAUUUGGCCUCCCCUCUCCCCCGUGCUAAUUAUUUACCCUUGUAAUUGUGCAUAGGGAAGCACUCACCCAAUGAGACUUUCUCCAAUGUGGACUCUGUGUGUCAGUGAAUUAAUGUAGUAAAAUUCACUUUGGAAGGUUAUCAGCCUUUUAAAAAUCUAGUUUAUGGCAAAAAUAGCCAUUUUCCAAGUGGUGGCUGACUGUUGCAGGGAAUGAGAAUUUCAUAAUACACUGCUAUUUCAGACCUCUGUUUUGGUCAGAAAUGGAAAAGAAAAAGCCCCCUUUCUUCCCUUUUCUGUUUUACUUCAAGGGCAUACCUUGGAGGUGCUCAGAGAAGUGUGAAGGUUGCACUAUGGUGGAGGAUGGGGAAAGAGUUCUAAAGUGUCUCCAGCUGUGAACCCAGGAGGUCAAGUGGGCUAUUAAAAUCUAACGUUGAGUAAACGUGAUAGUGAUGAGAAAGGAAUUUUGUGUACUGUAACCUUGCAGUAGAGAUGCAGCUGUCCUUCGUGUGUGGAAACACACCUCUCCUUUACAUAGUUGGGAACCUCAUUAGAAAUGACCUCAGCUGCCCCAUAUCUACGUUCCUUUCAGCAGUUGUCCAAGUAGGAGUGUAUCCAAUGAAGACAUAUCAAAUCACAAAGUCAUUGUCAUUAGAGUGUACUUGAUUACUGGGCAUCCUUGUAAUAUAAUUUCAUACCACUGACACAUUAUACUUGUAAGAGAACAUCUUUCCCAGAGUGCCUCAGACCUUAUUGCUUUAAAAUACAAUAAUGUUUUCAUUACUUUUAUUAUUUGAAUGAUUUAGUAAAGUUGACUGAAUCUGGUAUAGACUUUGGGAGUAUGUGUGUGAAGUUUUUAUCAAACUGUAAUAUUUGUGAAUGGAAUGCCUUGCAAUAUGAAUGUUAAUAUAAUGUGUAAAGGGAGAUUAAAAAGUUUGAAUGAUUAUCCUA